AUGCGUAACGAACCAAUGAGUGGUUUAGAUCCUGAUCUCAUUUCACCUGCUCUACUUCAAAUAUUUGAACGAGUUCGACACAGCGCAGAUUUUAUGCCUAGCCGACAGGUGUACCAGCAAAUGCUUAACUCAUUUGGAGUUGACUGGCGUGAAAAAUUUGCAACAUUUGAGGAUACUCCGUUUGCUGCUGCUUCAAUCGGACAGGUUCAUCGAGCCUGGCUGCAUACUGGCGAAAAGGUAGCGUUGAAAAUACAGUAUCCUGGUGUUGCAGCUGGCAUUGAUUCUGAUAUUGACAAUUUGAUGACAGUGCUCAGUUAUGGCAAUUUCUUCCCAAAAGGUCUCUAUCUCGAGAAUUUCGCGAAGGUAGCCAGAAAAGAACUGAAGUUGGAAUGCGACUACAAACGCGAAGCACGUGCAAUGAAACAAUUCGGACGUUUGCUGGUCGAUGAUGAGCAUUAUUAUGUGCCUAAGGUAUAUGAUGAUUUGACGACAACCCAUGUACUAACGACGGAGUAUAUGGAGGGUGUACCAGUUGACAAAUGUGUGAAUGAACCACAGGAAGUGCGAAAUUACAUCGCUUCCAAGUACAUUGAGCUUUGUCUGCAUGAAGUUUUCAUCUGGAGGUUUAUGCAGACCGAUCCGAACUGGUCAAAUUUCUACCUCAGCACUGAUCCUGUCACAGGCAACCUAAGAUUAAUUCUGCUUGAUUUUGGUGCUUCUCGUACGUAUCCGAAAAAAUUUGUUGAUCAAUACAUGCACAUCAUUCGCGCAGCCUGUGAUAAAGAUAAUGAUAAGAUCUUGGAAUUUUCGAGAAAAAUUGGUUUCCUCUCUGGUUACGAAUCUAGGGUAAUGGAGGAGGCUCACUGUGAAUCAAUCUGCAUUCUUGGCGAAACUUUGGCAUCCACAAAACCUUAUGACUUUUCGAGACAGGUCUGA